AUGGAAAAAUCUGACUCAAAGUUUUUGGUCAAUGCUGGGCCACUAGCAUAUGCUAGAGCUUUCCUUGAUGACGCCUGCGCCAAAAAAUACCCAGAUAACAAAGUCAAACAGCUUAAAGAGGUCUUCAGGCAGUUUGUUGAAGCAUGUGGACAAGCUCUAGCUGUAAACGAAAGACUGAUCAAGGAGGACCAACAGGAAUAUCAUGACGAGAUGAAAGCCAGUUACAGAGACCUGGCCAGAGAGCUUUCAAACAUCAUGCAUGAGCAGAUCUCCGCUGUGGACGGUGGAACCAAAAGCGGUCUUUCUGAUUCGCUGCAUAUUUUCAAUGCCAUCAGUGGCACGCCCACCGGCACCACCCUGCAUGGCAUGCCCAGCUCCGCCUCCACUGUGUGACCUUUCACCUCUCUGGCCUUAAACCCUUCAAUCCACACACAGCCAGAAAGACCGACAGACUCAAGUGCAUCAAAGAACAAGAUUUCCACUCAAUCCGAGCAUCAAUCAGAACAAAGCAGGUGUGUCAGGUCUACAAUAUGAGCAGUUAACAUUCGCAUAAGUGAAAGAAGGAGUUCCUGUUCUUCUCUCAUCCACUCCAGUCCUCCGUUCACAGGUGUUUCCUCUUGAGACUAUCGCUUUUAUUUCUUCUCAAGCAAAACAUCUGCCUUUUUACUAUCACAUUCCUUACUUUUCAUGCUUUCCUCCAAUUCUGGACAUCUAUUGCUGCUCAGGCUGACAUCACUUUCUGUGUCUGGGGCUGUAAGUGGUAGUGAAAAGAAUAUAACUGCGCUUUAGUGUAGCAGGAAAUUUGAGCUUUACUGUACAAAAAUACCCACGAUCACCUGAGCCAUUUGCGUUUUUGCCUACACUUCCAUUCUAUCUUGUUUCCCUUUUUUAUUUUGUUACAAGCUGAGAAACAAGUGCUGUUUCAUUGUAGCCGAGGUGCAAUAAUUCCCUUUCUUUGACUUGGUUCCUGAAGAUCUCUUGCCAAAGUGCGAAGGCUAGAUGUGAAAACUAUAUAUAUGGACAAAAGAGAUGAACACAACGAUUUUUAUAACCAUCUACGUUUGUUUAAAUGUAAAUUGUUUUAUAUGGGGGGAUUAAAAAUGGGGGGUAUUUUUAUUUAAAUGAGUCUGUUCUGGAAAUAUAUUAAUGUCCCUAAAUUCUCUGAAUAAAAUAUAUUAUUCAAUUCAA